CAUCGCACGAUUUGUGUUGUAAUAUGUGUGUACUCUGUGUAGCUGUCAAAGUCAAGCAUUCAUUUAUUUAUAAUUGAGUGAUUGUUUUGUUUGCCUUGUUAUUAUUACCGGCGUCCGGCCGGCCAGUCGUCGCUCGACCGCCGCAAGAUGCCAUUGGAAGUGAAACAAAUCACAGGCCCUCUGGUCCUCGGCGAGGGGCCUCAUUGGGACGACCGAGUCCAAGCCCUCUACUUUGUCAGCAUCCACGAGAAAACCAUCCACAAGUACAACCCGGCGAGCGGAGAACACACGAAAACUACCCUCGACGGUCGUCCCGGCUUUAUAGUACCAGUAGAAGGCGCACUAGAUCAGUUCCUAGUAGGAUUGGAGCGAGAAUUCGUGGUUCUCCAGUGGGAUGGUGCUGAAGGCAGCGCAGUGAAGUUUGUACGGAAGAUUGGGGAGGUGGACCAGGAUGCUACGAAGAACAGGAUUAAUGAUGGGAAGGCGGAUCCUAGGGGCAGGAUCUUUGGAGGGACUAUGGGUGACGAGAAAUCCCCCGGCGACUUUGCUCAAGAGCAGGGCUCCCUCUACCGUGUCGAUGGCAACAUUACUCGCGUGGCGGACAAGAUCGGGAUUUCAAAUGGCCUGGCUUGGGACUUAAGUGCUAAGGCUAUGUACUACAUCGACUCGCUAGAACAGAACGUCCGGAGAUACGACUAUGAUGUGGACACUGGGGAUAUCUCGAACAUGCGGCACAUCUUCAAUUUCCCGAAAAAUGGUCUGGACGGUUUUCCCGAUGGCGGGACCAUAGAUACCGACGGCAAUCUGUGGAUCGCCGUGUUCAACAACGGCGUUGUUAUCCAGGUGUCGCCGGAGGGCAAGCUCUUGCGACAGAUCCCUAUACCAGCUAAACAGGUUACGUCGUGCACCUUCGGCGGCCCUAACUUAGACAUCCUCUUCGUAACGACGUCCCAUUACAUGAACAAACCGGGCGAAGGGGAUCCCCAAGAUGGAUGCACCUUCAUGGUGACAGGCUUGGGUGUUAAGGGACACCCCAAUGUUAACUUUAAGUUUUAAUCCAAUUUAUACCUACGAUAAUAUUUGUUAUUGCCCAUUAAAAAAACUAAAUCAACGUAUUAAAGUGAGUAUUACCUAGA